GUGCAAUUCACUCAACUUGCAUUCCCUGCCUCUCUGUAUGUUUUCAACGCUCUUCUCGAUAACCCUCUGUUUCUCACCAUCACGUUCUCUUCAAUACUAAAUUAUGUUUGUGUCUGAAAUGAAUCCUUUCAUAAAUCGAAUAGUAUAAGCAUUGACGUACUCACUGACACUGCCACUUACCGUGUCCUCCCAUUUCAUUUUCAUGCCACAAAAAUACACCAGCUUAAUUUUAACCAUACAUAUAAAAAUAUAGAUAAAAGCUCAUCUAUAUUCGUUAUUUUCUGUACUUGCAAUGCCAUUAAUUUGUUACUCUCACAGCUCACAGCCCACCACUGCCCUGUCAAAGACGACUCACGGUUAAAAAUAAAACUAUGAAGAGGGCACACACGCUAGCAUCAGGCAGGGAACACCCCAUCAUCUUUACUUUACUUCAGUUUCUGGCUCUUCCAGAUAUAAUGUUUUUCUAGAAGGGUUUGCUGUAAAUGCAGCAGCUUGGUUUAACUUAACCUUCUUUAUCUUUUAAUUUGAUGGGGAAGAAGGGAGGUAGCUCAUGGUUGACCGUUGUGAAAAGGGCUUUUAGAUCUCCUAAUAAAGAAAAUGACAAGAGAACUGCUGGGAUUACAGGCCAUGACCAAGAAGAAGAUGAAGAAAAGCAGAAGAGAGAGAAGAGGAGAUGGUUGUUUAGGAAACCUACGAAUCAAGAAACAGUGACACAACAGAUCCUAUCAAAGACAGGAAAUGUCAAGGCCUCCACAGGUGGUGGUGGAGGUGCACGGACAGACCAGGUGUCGGCAGCUGCAGCAGCUGAGCAAAGGCAUGCAAUUGCUGUAGCUGUUGCCACUGCAGCUGCAGCUGAAGCUGCUGUAGCCACUGCCCAGGCGGCCGUGGAGGUGGCUAGGCUCACUAGGCCUUCUUAUCACCCUAGAGAACGUUCCGCUGCCAUUGUCAUUCAAACCGCCUUUAGAGGAUACCUGGCAAGGCGGGCUCUUCGCGCGCUUAAAGGGCUAGUGAAGUUGCAAGCUUUAGUGAGGGGACACAAUGUGAGAAAGCAGGCCAAUAUGACCCUGAGAUGCAUGCAGGCUCUGGUUCGAGUGCAGGCCCGAGUACUUGACCAACGCAUGAGGCUUUCACAUGAAGGCAGCAGGGAAUCUGCAUUCAGUGACACCAAUAGCGUGUUUGAAUCGCGAUAUCUUCAAGAAAUUUCAGAAAGAAAAUCGAUGUCAAGAGACGGCAGUAGCAUUGCAGAUGAUUGGGAUGAUCGGCCACGCACAAUUGAGGAAGUCAAGGCCAUGUUGCAACGCAGGAAAGACAAUGCAUUCAAGCGUGAGAAGGCCUUAUCUCAAGCUUCCUCUCAACAGACCGUAUCAAAGAUAUGGAGAAACCGUAGAAGCCCAUCAAUGGGCAAUGAAGGUGAGCUCCAAGAAAGAUCACAAUGGCUUGAUCAUUGGAUGCCUGCAAAGCCGUGGGACAAUAGCAGCAGAGCACGAGCCUCGACUGAUCAAAGAGACCCCAUCAAAACUGUAGAAAUUGAAAACUCCCUGCCUUGCUCAUACUUAGCUCCUAAUUUUGGAAGAACGAACCAAAACCAAUAUCACCAACACCAGAGAUCCAAUUCAAUAAACAAUGGUGUUACACGCUCGGCUCCUCCUCCACUCCAUAGAGCUCAUCAAAAUGCUUCUCUCCACCACUCUCCUAUUACACCCUCCCCGUCAAGAACUAGGCCUCUUCAGGUUCGUUCAGCGAGUCCCCGAUGUGCUAGAGAAGAUAGGAGCUGUAAUUCCUCUCGAACACCGAGUUUGAGGUCCAAUUACCUCUAUAAUGGCAAUCUGAAUCAACAUGGAAUCAGGGGCGGUGCUGCUAGUGUUAGUGGAAAUGCUAACGCUACAUUGCCAAACUACAUGGCUACAACAGAGUCUGCCAAGGCUAGAUUGAGAUCACAGAGUGCGCCAAGGCAAAGACCAUCAACACCAGAGCGAGACAGGGCUGGGUCUGCAAGAAAACGGCUUUUGUAUCCAGUCCCCGACCCUUACGGUGUCGGGAUGGGUUAUGGUGGUGUUGGUUACGGGCAUGGUUUCAGGAGUCCCAGCUUUAAAAGUGUAAGUGGUUCACAUUUUGGUGGAUUAGAACAACAAUCUAACUAUUCUUCUUGCUGCACCGAUACCUUUGGUGGUGAGAUUUCCCCUUCUUCAACGAGCGACCAGAGAAGGUGGUUGAGAUAAUUUAAUAAUGCAGUUGGUGGGCUAGCUUAGAGAGAACAUGUUCAGGUUUUUGUGACUCAUUAGUAGUUGGGGUAUAAGGCAUAGUUUUUGAUAUCUGGAGGUUGGAAUUUGGAUUUUCUUUCUUUUUUAUAGCAUUUCAGUUUUUGAUAGUUUUAUUUGUUUGAAGU